AUGGCCUCCUUUUACGGUUCAUCAACAAACAGUACACCACUUGGUAACAACAACGUUAUCCGAAAGGAUGACUCACUUCAAUGGUCCAUCAAUUCCUUCACUCUCUCCACACUUUUGAGUCAAAUGAAUGUGACGUGUGGGAACCCAAACGCCACUAACACUUCUUCAACCACCCAAACACCCACUCCCUAUCAUCAACCUUCAAGUUCUAUUUUCAAUAGUUACAUCAACAAACAUUCCUCUCACUCCGUUUCUCUUUCUUCGUUUACAAGUGUGAUGGACGCAGAUGCCUUUGCGUUUUCAUUCCACACCACUCAUCAUUUGCACAACAACAAUAAUACGCUUCAAAAAUCACCCAUAGCACACUCCUCCAACCAUCAUCAACAACAACAACAUCACCGAAGUAGUAGCAGUGGAUCUCUCCUCCUGCCCGAAAUUAAAUAUCCCACUCCGCUCUCACAAUUAUCACUUUCCUUUACCAUUCUAUUAAUUGUCAUUCAAGAUAUUCAAAAUGAUGAAGAUGACAAUGCUCGAGAUUCACAAACAUCUUCCAAUCAAUAUAAUACACACAUCAAAUUGUUAGAGAUGAUUACUGAAAGGCAGAAAUCAUUACGGCAGCUCGGCGUUCUGCCUGUGGUUGUGUUUUCUGAUAAAUCAAGUGAAGAAGAGUUUGUCAGCAAAUUGAAAUCAUCCUCGAGUCACUUGUUGAGAAUCAUAGAUGAACAGUAUGAAUUGACCAAGCAAUUAAUGGAACUUGUGUGGGAAGAGCAAAAUCUCAUCUCGAAUUCAAAUCUUCAUCAACUACAACAACUGAAUCAAUUUCUACAUCCACAGCAGGCAGCUCAGAAUUCAUACCGAUCAACAACAAGCCCUCGAAAAGGUCAUCAAUCAUUUUCCAAAUCACAAAUAUCAUCAUUGGAAUCACCAAACAAAACAGCAAACAGCAUGAAUUUGUGCUCCAAUAGUCACACGAAUAUCGGAAAACAUUCAAAAUUAUUACCUAAAAUGUUUCUCAUACGUGAGAACAAACUUGUUUUCCAUUGGGAUGAAAGUACCAUCAUGGAACAAGAUAAUGUUAUGGGAAGUGUACUCUCAACCAUUGUGUUAAAAUUGCCACAGUGUACCAUGUCGACAGAAGAUAUUGUUGCAGAUGAAAAUGCAUGUUCGACAGGUAUGAACGGUCAUCACCUUAAUUCCAGAUCGUCGAGUGCGAGUUCAGAAAAGAUGAGUCCUUCGACGUCCUCUUCUUCACAUAUUGUUGUACCUACUGGAAUGUCACUUCAAGAUGCAUUUGGGGUAUUGACCGGAAGAUGCAGUGCUCGUUCGUAUUCCAAUGGAUCGGCAAGUGGAGGUCAUCUCAGCGGUGAUGGAGGUGAGAAUAAUCUUCUUCGAGCCAUUGUUGGAAGUGGUGACAAGGGAAAUGUAUUCACUGAUAUGGAUGAUCGUCAUCAUCACGAGGAUGUUGAGCCAUUUCAUGAAGAGGAUUCAUUUGUUGCCACAGUGACACAAACAGAAAAUGCUUCCGAGACCAUGACCAAUCCUGUCACAACUUCACACUUUGCAAUGUUCAACCAAAGUGAUCUGCCACAUCCAUCACAAGAGAAAUCUCCCAACAAACAUCAAGAAUCUUCCUUAACCUGUUCUGAAGGAACAAAUUUCCUUACCUCGCCUCAAUCUAACACGAUUCAAUCGCCAUCUCACAUCAACACUGACAUGAAAUCCCAUUCCAAUUCUUCCAUAGUGUCGUCGUCUUUAACUCAUGGCACUCCCUUACUUGGAAAUUCAACAACCACAGACAAGUCCUCUCAACUUCACAACUUGUCAACAAGCACCCUUUCAGUUGUUAUUGUGGAUUCAAAUUCUUCUUCUUCAACGCUCAUUUCUGGAACUCAAACCAGUGACAUGACAUCCUCGCAACAACACUGCAUUCCAAACACGAGCUCUCUUUCUCUCAACACAGAUCAUACUGCCACUUCUCCUACUGGUACUACUCCCACCGUGACCUCUGCUGAACAUUUAAUGCAACGAAAACGAUUUUCACUUUUCAGAAAAUUAAGGGAAAAGUUUGAAAUUGAAAAAAUUGCAUUGGAGCAGCAGAGACUUGAACGUGAAAUGCAAAUUCAAAAGAGUGAGAAAAAGAAACAAGAACGAAACAAAGAGAGAACAAGCAGCAAUAGUGUUACCUCAAAAAGAUCCAUCUUUGCCCUUUGUUUUGGCUUCACCAAAGAAAAUAUUGAUGAAGAAACCUCUCCACUUUCACGUCCAACUCAACACGAUGAGAAAUCAUUAGGAAAUGUCGAUUCCUACGAUCAAUCCAUUUCUGAAAUGUUUCAAAUUAUGCAUGAUGACAUGAAACGACAAUAUUUCAAGUUGUACAGUUUGAAACAGUUCAAUGCAGAGAAUUUGCUCUUCUACGAGGAUGUCAAAUUGUUCUACAAGAAGAUUGUCUCAGAGUUGAAACGACCAUACAUGAUUCCAACAACAAAUGUGUCCAUGUCCACACCUCAUGACACUCCUCCAAAUACAGCAACUAGUGGACAAUCUUCGCCUACAAUGACCUCACUACUGUAUGGCUCCACUUCAACAGCUCCAUCUUCAAACAAGUCCAAGCUUUCAAGUAUUGGAUUCUCUUCAAAAUCCAAACAACAACCAUCCACUCAUUCCUCUCCAUCUCAUCAUUCCAAAUCACUUUCAAGUACUUCCAUUAUUGAAACCUCUUCAAAAUCUCGUUCCCAUCGACGUGAUGCAUCACCUCCUUCUUUGGAAACAUCUCUCCAUAGUUCCACUAACCCAUUACAAACAUUCACCCUUCCCAAAAACUCUGAACUCGUUCAAGACCUCUAUGAGAAGAUAUUUCGAAUGGCCGAAUACAUUUCUCUCAAAUAUUUACUCGAUCCCGAGAGUGUCUAUUGCCUUAAUACCAGUAACAAAUUAGUCGAACAAGUGAAACAGAACAUGCAAUUAUCAUGUUGGGAUUUCAUUGAUCAAGCCGAUCACUUGUUUGAUGAGGUCGUCAGUGAAUUGGUGAAGAGUGUAUUACCCGACAUGUUCUUUCGUUUUGUUGUUUCAUCUGAAUAUUGGGAAAUGCAACAAGCUUUGGAAAUGUCCUCUCUGAAUGAUCCAUCAUCAUCAACAGCAACAACAUAUGGCAUGGGAGCACAGGCCCAUUCUCCAUUGAGAACGAAUGGAGGCCACUUGUCCAAAUUGAACAUCAGUGGUUUGAAUAUCAAUAAUAAUAAUCUUAGUGAAGAGUUCAAUAACAAUUUAGCAGCCAAUUGCUACUACUCUCCACGAGGAAGAAUAUCUCCGAGGCCAAGUAUUUCAGGCUACUUUCAGUGA